AUGACCGGUAUCGGAGGUGCUAGCAAGUUACGUUAUAGAUUGUCAUUCUUUCAAGACGAAAUUGCACCGGAAGACAAGUGGAUGAUUUUUCCUGACAUGGGUCACGUUGUAACUUCUACUUAUAAUGUGGUGGUUGUCCUUCUAUCCCAACUUCAAUGCCUUACUUUCCUCCCACUCCAUUCUCGUCCUCCAUCAUCGGACAAAAUAAGGGUUCUUGGAAUUGGACUCGUGAACGAAGAUCACUUCGUACAGGCUGAUCUAAAAUCAUGUUCUCCCUCGCCACCUAUUGCCAACUAUUGGUUCAAAUUUCGAUGGGAGGAGGCCAAGGAAUGGGAGAAAAUAGAAGCGUUUAAAGCCAUAAUAGGAAGUGAUGUAGCAAUUGCCGAGUCCUUUGACAUAUAUUAG